AUGGGGGGCCCAGAGGAUGGUACACAGCUGCGACAGGCACACGAACCUUUUGUCCAGCCGGGCUAUUCGGAUCUUAACCCCUCUUAUGAACAGCCCUCAAAUGCAAAGCCAGUCUGGUCUCUUGCCAAGCCCUUACCGCGUGUGGUGCGGGCAGGCAUGGUGCCCACUAAGGAGGAGCUGCUCGAUGCACGGUUGCAGCCAGAGCGUCCGGCCGAGAAUUCGCAGAAGCUUGGACUCGAUGUGGAUCCAAAUGACUUGGAGCAGGGACAAAUUCCGAAAAUGGCGGAUCCCCGGAAAAUGGCCGCGCAGGUGGAGGAUGCUCGCCUUCAACGCGAAAACAACUUUGUCAACAAGGUUCUUACCGGAGAUGUUGGUUCGUCGCGCGUAUCUCGGACUUCCUCCACCCGUCGGCGCCGCCCGUCAGUACGGAUUGAUGCCCCGGGCGAUCAGCUUUCCAUAGUGCCGGAAGGGCCAAGUGCGGUCCCGAGCGUAGCUUCGGAUCAGGCUGGAGACAGUCUGCCUCACGGUAGUGACGAACCCCUUGAACCCGUGCCAGAGCAGCCAGAGCAGCCAGAGGUGCAGACUGCCGCAGCUGAUGCCCUGCCCGACCUUUCAGCCCUGCAUGAAUCCUCACUACCGGAAGAUCUGCAUCCACUAGUGCAGGAGCUGGUGGAAGACGAAGUACACAACAAUCAUACAACCUGGUCCGUUAUUCGCACUCACCAUCGCGAGGCGUUAGCUGAAUCCCUGGCGGUAUUUGUCCAGCUGACCAUUGGCUUCUGUGCAGAUAUUUCUGUCACGGUAGCUGAUGCCGGCAAUCCCAAUACAACUGCGUGGGCGUGGGGCUUUGCUACUAUGAUAGCGAUCUAUGUCUCCGGUGGUGUCUCGGGUGCCCACCUCAACCCCAGUGUAACGAUUAUGCUAUGGUUUUAUCGUGGCUUCCCGAAGCGUAAGAUGCCGGAGUAUUUUCUAGCGCAGUUUGUGGGUGCUUUUGUCGCUGCACUGACUGCCUACGGUGUAUACUACCAGUCAAUCCACCAAUACCUCCUUACCCACCCAGAUACGGGGAUCGUGACCAGCUUUGUGACUGGCCAGCGUCAGUCAUGGAUUGAUCCAGCAACCGCCUUCUUCACGGAAUUUCUUGGGACGGCCCUCACGGCAACGACAAUCCUGGCCUUGGGUGACGAUCAGAAUGCACCUCCGGGGGCGGGCAUGAACUCGCUGAUCGUUGGGCUUAUGGUGUUUGUGCUUUCGAAUACCUUCUCCUACCAGACAGGGGCUGCAUUCAACCCCAGUCGAGACUUUGGGCCGCGCCUUGCCCUUCUCGCCCUCGGAUACGGGUCCGAACUUUUCACGAACCCUUACUGGUUCUAUGGGCCAUGGGCCGGCUCUCUAUGUGGUGCUAUGAUCGGUGCGUUCCUGUACGAUUUCAUGAUCUUCACUGGUGGUGAGUCGCCGGUGAAUUACCCUUGGGAGCGCACUCAGCGCUCGCUGCGGAAGAGUCGCAUAAAAUGGAAACGGCGGUUGCGCAUGGACCGACGACGACGUGGCAUCUCCGAGAAGGUAGUUCGUUAA